UAAAAAACCAGAUAGUGUGACAAUUGUAAGAAUAUGUGAUAAGUUACUCAAAAAUGGCUAAUACAGGAGUUUUGCCUUUUGUUCGUGGCGUAGAUUUUAGUCGUAAUGAUUUUAGCGAUGGGAAGUUUCCAUCUUCUGUUAGGCUUAUGACAGGUUUGCAAUGGCUCAAGUUAGAUAGAUCAAAUCUUUCUCAAGUUCCAGAAGAAUUAGGGAACUUGAUGAAAUUGGAAAGCCUGUCACUUGUCCGCAAUGAUCUUGAAAGAUUGCAUGGAGAAUUAACAGAGUUACCUUGUUUACGGUCUUUAAUUAUUCGUCAUAACAAAGUUAAAAGCUCUGGAAUUCCAACUGACUUAUUCCGUUCUGAAGAACUAACAACAAUAGACUUAAGCCAUAAUGCUCUUAAGGAAGUUCCUGAGGGGCUUGAAAAAUGUAAAACUGUUCUUGUUUUAAAUCUUAGCCACAAUAAUAUAAAUGCCAUACCAAAUACGUUAUUUAUGAAUCUGACCGAUUUACUUUUCUUGGAUUUAAGUAAUAAUAAUUUAGAAACAUUACCACCUCAGAUGAGAAGGUUAGGCAACCUUCAAACUUUAGUUCUGAAUCACAAUCCAUUGGCCCAUUUUCAGCUUCGCCAGUUGCCAUCAUUGGUUGCAUUAGAAACUUUGCAUAUGAGAGAUACUCAACGAACACUCAGCAAUCUUCCUAAUAGUUUGGAAAUGCUCACUAACCUCACAGAUGUUGAUUUGAGCUACAACAGCUUGCCCAAAGUACCAGAGUGCUUGUAUACUUUAAUUAACAUCCGAAGAUUAAAUCUAAGCAAUAACGAAAUAACUGACCUCUCUCUUGCCUUAGAAGUGUGGCAGAAACUGGAAACAUUGAAUUUAUCAAGUAAUAGACUUGCUGCACUGCCUGCUUCAAUAUGUAAACUAUCUUCACUUAGAAGGUUGUAUUUGAAUGAUAAUCAAUUAGAUUUUGAAGGUAUUCCUUCAGGAAUCGGUAAACUAUCCAACUUAGAAGUAUUUUCUGCUGCUUCAAAUCAUUUAGAAAUGAUUCCUGAAGGUCUCUGCAGGGUUGGAUCUUUGAAAAAAUUGAUUCUCUCUAAUAACCGAUUAAUAACACUACCAGAUACUGUUCACCUACUAAGUGACCUCCAGGUUCUUGAUGUCAAGGAUAACCCGGAACUAGUGAUGCCUCCUCGGCCAUGUGAGGCCCAAAGAGGUUCAGGCUUAGAAUACUAUAACAUAGAUUUCUCUCUUCAGACACAGUUGAGGCUAGCUGGUGCUGCUCUUCCUCAACCUCACCCACAGCCAAAUGCAAGUAAGGAUCCGAUUGCUCGGAAACUUCGCCUCUUCAGAAGAAGUAAAAGAGAUGCAGAAGAAGCUGAUUCUGACCAAGCUAAGAUUUUAAAGGGCAUGAAAGAUAUUGCUAAAGAAAAAAACAAACAAAAGACUGAAGAAGAAGAAAGAGCUGAAUCUUUGAAGCCAAAAAGAUGGGAUGAAAGUCUUGAAAAGCCUCCUUUAGAUUAUUCUGAAUUGUUUGAUGAGGAUGCAGGACAAAUGCAAGGUUUGACCAUUUGGGAAAUUGAAAACUUUCUUCCCAAUAUGGUUGAAGAAGCUGUACAUGGGAGAUUUUUUCAAGCAGAUUGCUAUAUUGUUCUGAAAACAUCUUUGGAUGAUGCUGGCAACCUUACUUGGAAUAUAUUCUUCUGGAUUGGUGAAAAAGCAUCUUUGGACAAAAGAGCAUGUGCUGCCAUUCACGCUGUCAACUUACGUAACUAUUUGGGAGCUGAAUGUAGAACUGCAAGAGAAGAGCAGGGUGAUGAAAGUGAUGAGUUUUUAAGUCUUUUUCCUGGUGGGAUUACGUAUAUUGAAGGAGGCAGAACUCCAUCUGGUUUCUAUACUGUUGAGGAUAUGACAUAUAUAACUCGAUUGUACCGAGUUCAUGGAGCUGGCUCUGGAAUUCAUUUGGAGCCAGUGACUAUUUCACAUGAAAGUCUUGAUCCUCGAUAUGUUUUUAUCCUUGAUGCUGGGCUUAAAAUAUUUAUGUGGUAUGGAAAGAAGUCUAAAAAUACUUACAGAUCCAAAGCAAGACUGCUAUGUGAAAAAAUCAACAAAAAUGAAAGGAAGAAUAAAGCUGAAAUAUUGACGGAGAUGUUCAAAGAGGAAAGCCCAGAAUUUUGGAAAUCCCUUGGUGAAGAGAGUGCCGAACCGCCUGAUGAUCCUAUAAUUGAGCAUGUAAGCGAUGAGUUUAAACCAGUUGACCCUAGGCUUUACCAGGUAAAGCUUGGUAUGGGGUAUUUGGAACUGCCUCAGGUGGAGCUUCCCAACAAUAAACUAGACCACAAUCUUCUUAACAGCAAAAACGUUUACAUCCUCGACUGUUAUCUUGAUGUCUUUGUGUGGUUUGGAAAAAAAUCGACAAGACUGGUUCGAGCUGCAGCGGUGAAAUUGGCUCAGGAGUUGUUUACAAUGGUUGAAAGAGGUGCAGAGGCAAUGGUUACAAGAGUACAAGAAGGAACUGAAUUGCAGCUUUUCAAAGCCAAGUUCGCUGGGUGGGAUGAUGUAAUCCCAGUGGAUUUCACACGUACAGCUGAAUCUGUUUCCAGAACAGGAGCCGAUCUUGCAAAGUGGGCAAAACAACAAGAAACAAAGGCUGAUUUGGCUGCUCUUUUCACCCCGAGACAACCUGCAAUGUCAGCAUCUGAAGCACAACAGUUGAUGGAUGAAUGGAAUGAUGAUCUGGAGACCAUGGAGGCUUUUGUUCUGGAAGGAAAGAAGUUUGUUCGACUUCCAGAAGAAGAAAUUGGUCAUUUUUAUUCUGGAGAUUGUUACGUUCUUCUAUGCAGAUAUUGGGUGGCUAACGAUGAAGCAGAAGAGCAUGAAGAAGUUGGAGACCAACCAGAAGAUGACUGCCAGUAUGUUGUUUAUUUCUGGCAAGGAAGAGAUGCUGGUAACAUGGGAUGGCUUACGUUUACUUUUAGCUUACAGAAGAAGUUCAAAAACCUGUUUGGAGAUAAACUGGAGGUUGUAAGAACUCACCAACAACAAGAAAAUAUCAAAUUUUUAGCACAUUUUAAAAGAAAAUUUGUCAUACACUGUGGCAAGAGGCAUGCUAUUAAGGAGCCAAAUCAACCACCACCUGUAGAAUUCUAUCAUUUAAGAGCUAAUGGCGGAGCUUUGUGCACUAGGCUUGUACAAAUCCGUCCAGAUGCUACUGCUUUGAACUCAGCCUUCUGCUAUAUAUUAAAAGUGCCGUUUGAUAGUGAAGAAUCGUCUGGAAUAGUAUAUGUGUGGAUUGGCUCAAAAGCAAGCACAGAUGACAUUCGUCUCAUUGGAGAGAUUGCAGAUGAAAUGUUUAAUAAUCCAUGGAUCAGUUUGCAAAUUAUUAAUGAGGGUGAAGAACCAGAUAAUUUCUUUUGGGUUGCUCUUGGAGGGAAAAAGCCUUAUGAGACAAAUGCAGACUUCAUGGCCUUUACUCGCCUGUUCAGAUGCUCAAAUGAAAAAGGUUAUUUCACAGUUUCCGAAAAGUGUUCUGAUUUUUGCCAGGAUGAUUUAGCUGAUGAUGAUAUCAUGAUAUUGGACAACGGUGAACAAGUUUUCUUAUGGCUAGGUGCGAAAUGUAGUGAAGUCGAAGUGAAAUUAGCUUAUAAAUCUGCCCAGGUUUACAUUCAACAUUUACGAGUAAAGCAACCAGAUCGACCGAGGAAAUUGUUUUUAACUUUAAAAGGGAAAGAAUCUAAACGAUUUACGAAGUGCUUUCAUGGUUGGGGCCCUCAUAAGUCCCUUCCUCCUUAAUGUUAAGAUUUUUAAAAAAAUAUCUGUUAGAACAGAUAUUUCUGUGUACUAUAUUGAACAAUUUUUUAACUUUUUUAUUUUAAUUUAAAAAUAAUUAAUGGAAAAAAGACUUAUGUACUUAUGAAAAUAAUUAAAAUUUAUACUUUUAAAUUUAUUUAUUAAUUUAUUUUUGCUUUUUAUUUAUAUUAAAGUCUCUCUUUUUUAUAGUGAUGAGUAAAUUAUCUUGUUCUAUUAAUUAUCCUCAAAAUAGUUUCUCUAUAUGAUAGUGACACUGUUAAUUGUUAUAAAUAUUAUGUGUUUAUAACAUAACAUUUUUCAACAAUGUGAGAAGAUUCUGCGUAUUAUGUACAUUUGUAUUUAUAAACAACAAAAAUAUCUUCGGUUUAUUGCAAAAAGUGACAUUUCAGAAAAUUAAAUCACUACUUUCAUGAAUAUUUCCUCUGAAAUCAAAAUAUUGUGCACUCAGUGUAACUAAUUAAAUUAGAUAUAUAAAUUGUGUUUUUUUAUGGAUAAAUAAGGUCAAAAUUCCUGAAAACAUAUUUGGAAGUUCAACUUCAUCAAAAUUGUACUUGAUGACUUUUUGCAAUAAAUCAAUGAUUUUCUUUUUUAAAAGGAAUUUCUUAAUUAUAAAAAAAUCUUGCCUUUUGAAAGCUGCUUUAAAAUUGUUGAACGUUAAUAUUAUCAUUUGUAAAUAAUAUAAUUAUGUAAACAUGAAUUUAUGGGCUGUUAUAAAUACUAACAAAAUAUGUAUUGUUUUAUAUUGUAAAAACAAAUUUUAUCAACUACAUGUAAAUGUAAUUUUGUGUACAUUAAAUAAAAUUUUUAAUUAAGCAGUUUUUAUGUUUGAAG